UAAAUGUAUUUAAAACCAGCUAGAUUUUUUGGUAAAAGACUAAGACUUCAAUGUUACCUAAACAGUUAUACAAAUGUAAAACAAAAACUGAAGUGAUAUUUCUACAGUCUGUGGUGGUCAUGUUUCACUGUCCUAAAGCACUCUAUGCUUCAGGCAGAGGCAUGCCACCAGUUAACUGUUUAGUCACAUUUCAGUUGAGCCAGUCCUUCCAAGAAAAUCAGGGAUUUCCCAGUGGCAUAAACUGUAUCCACUCGCAUCUACACAUAUUUUAGCAUGCUGUUUAGUUGCACUCAGAUUCUAAACACAUCAAAGAUAAACUUUAUACUUAUUCUAGAAAUGCUUUCCCCGCCCCUCUCUUGUAAUUGCUCUGCCAAAAUGUGCUUUGUGUUCAAAAGUCACAGGAUUGUACUUCACCCUUGUGUACUGUGCUAAGUCUAAUAGUGGUUUUCUUUGCACUGUGGUGGGAUUGACAUCACGUUUUUUUUUCACUGAAUUCCCUUUUCUUAAAUAUUAUAAUAUCUAUGUCUUUAAGUCCCAUGGAACAAAGCCAGAUAUCAAUAUACAGAGACCACUGUUACAUGCAUUUUGAUAAGAUGCAUUAAGUACACAUAUCUAUCAGUGUAUGGCCAUCAGUUUCAUGUCCUUUACUCAUCUGUGUUUACCUGUACGUCUUUUUGUUCAGAUUCGCUACAUCUCUCAGACACAAGGCUUGCCUGGGGAGCACUUACUAAACACGGGGACAAAGACUGUGCGGUUCUUUUGCAAGGAAUCAGACUCCCCUUAUGCAGCAUGGAGACUGAAGUCUACAGAUGAGCAUGAGACUGAGACAGGAAUGAAAUCAAAGGAAGCCAGAAAGUACAUCUUCAGUUGUUUAGAUGACAUAGCGCAUGUGAACUUGGUGAUGAAUCUGGAAGGUAGUGACCUGCUGGCAGAGAAGACGGAUCGUCGGGAGUUUGUAAACUUACUGAAAAAGAUGCUGUUGAUCGAUGCUGAGGAAAGGAUUGUCCCUGCUGAAGCCCUGACCCACCCUUUUGUAACAAUGCAACACCUGCUUGACUUUCCCCAUAGCAACCAUGUAAAAUCAUGUUUUCAUAUCAUGGAUAUCUGCUGGAGUCGUCCUGGUGCAUACGACUUAAACAGGAAUAAAGGUUCUUUCAUGAGACCCAAGCUGACCGGUAUUCACCCACAAGGGUUGACUCCGUCUGCUCCUUCAGUUUUACAUCCUGGGAUUCCACUCCAAACAGGAAAUGGACAGUUUGGUUGUAAUGACUCCUUUCAGCAGGCUCUUAUCCUUUGUCCACCAACCAUCCAAGCUAAGCCAACAGGUUAUCCUGUUCGAAUGGAAGCUUCUGUGCCUCUUGUCACUCAGGCACCCCCAAUUCAGCCAUUACAAAUCCGACCUGGUGUCAUUACACAGGCCUGGUCCAACCGUGCUCAGCAGCUCUUGGUGCCCACAUGGCAGCAGGUGACAUCGGUACCUCCCCCACCAAGCUCUUUGGCCUCUGACUCUGUAGCUGGGUCACAGCGACUGGGAGAAUGGGGAAAAGUGCGUCCCCAUGGCAACCACUACAGCUCCAUGAUUGCCCACUCUCAGCCAUUCUUAGCCAACCAAAUGACAAUGUCCACCCACCAGCCAAUCAACAUCGGCAUAGCACAUGUGGUGUGGCCACAACCUGCUGCCAACAAAAGAUCAAAGCCCUGUGGUAAUAGAGGUAGCCACUAUUCCCAAAAUGCAAACAUCCAAAAUAUUGAAUGCCAGUCCCCAAAGAUGGCCGAUACAGCAAAGAAUGUCCAAGAGGUAGAGGAAGAAGAGUCUAGAUGUGUGGUUGAAGGGCAUCCUGCUGGAGAGAAGCCUGAUGGAGCACAGGGAGAGCACCAUGAGGACGCCUGCUGUAACGUGGAGCCAGCCUGUGCAGAGCACUCAGUGUCUCAUGAGCAGAGACCAGCCGUGGUCAUGUCUGACCUGACCAGCCCCACGGUCAGCAUCAUCAGCAUCAGCAGCGACGAAGAGGACAACACGCAGAGGCACUCAGUGGGAGACUGUGAAGGUAACACAGACUGUGAGGCAUGUCAAAGUACAGUGGAUAUGGAGAGGGUGUGCUCUCUCAGUAGUCCCGACAGCACACUCAGCACGAGUUCAUCAGCCCAGUCCAGUGUGUCUCCCAGCAAACAUUCAAACAGUAUGUCUGAAGAUGAACAGGAGAGUGGUUGUGACACAGUGGACAGCACACCCACCUCUGAUACUGGUCAUACAAACAGUCCCUUUCCUGAGGAGAGCUUCAUUGCUGACACCAACCAAAACUGUGAGCCACGCGUCGCUUGUGUUGCCCCAGAAACCGAACCCUGUAAGCCACAAAUUCGUACUGUUGCUGUGCCGCCGAUGAGAAUACAGAACAACAACACAUCCUCUAACAUGGGUCACAUGGCCCAGGAUUAUCCUGUAUUAGGCUACAGAGGUUCUCACAGAGUCAUCAUCCCAGUCCAAAGGGCGAGGCAUUCCAGUGCGACAACAUCACCACUCCACGCCUCUUCUCAACCGGCCACAGAAAAUAACCCCCGCAUUCCAGACCCAACAACAGCAGCCCAUUGGCUUUGGACAGGUUCAACAUUUUGGCUCAUGUCAAGAAUGGAAUGGCAACUUUCCUCAUCGGAGACCGCAGGCCUUUAUUCCUCCCACCAUACAUGGGCAUACCUUCACCCUGUCCCACAGCAGCCCCAGCCACACCUCUGGUCCCCAUCCCCACAUUGGCGCUCACCCUCACUCCCAGCCCGCACUCCUGCCCUACCCUGCGUCUGGUCCUCUGGUUACAGCUGCACCAGUAGCACACUUACUGGCCUCUCCUGGGGCCUCACGACCGGUGCUCCAGCCCACAUAUGGCCUCUCCCACCCCGCAGGCAUUGUCCAUCAGGUGACAGUGGGACUAAACCCCCGGCUGCUGCCAUCGCCCACUUUGCACCAACCGGGCCAGUUCAAGCCUCUCUUCCCCCCUCACUCCUAUAUCGCCUCACCUGCUUACGCCAGUUUCCCCCUGAGCCCCACAAAAAUAAACCAGUACCCCUACAUCUGAGCUCUGCAUUAUCCUUCAUACCACAAUAGGGCUACACAAGCUGAGCAUAUCUCAACCCAUAAACCACAAGAACAUGGUUUUCCUGACAAAACCAUGGCACAACCACAAAGAUAGCAAGCUAUUUUUUGAAUCAUGUAGACUUGGUUGUAUUGAACUUCAAGCUUUAAAACAUGAGUUUCACUGGUGGAUGAUAAAAAAAAAUCUGAAGGAAAUAACGAAUGAAUGACUAAGUGAAAGAAUGAAUAUUAAAACUCACACUUAAUGUGUUUUGCACAUUUGAUAUACCUUUGCAUUGGAUCUUAUAUGAAUACUCUUCAAAACAGGUAAAUAAUUGGGGUGGUGUGAAAUAGUUAGACUUUGCACCCCUGAUCCCAGCUAUUUUUCUAUAAUGCCUUCUUAUGUGUGCAAGACACAUCCAUAUUUGUAAAGCCAUCCCAGUCUCUAGCUCUAGGUUGACAAAUGCACAUGUUGUCCACGGUGUAUGUUGUACUGCUUUCAAAGUAUUUGUACUUUCUUGGUGUCUUUUGGUGUUAGCAAUGUCAAGUCAGUUAACCAAUUUAAAUAGGGUUAAUCCUCACGCUGCAUGUGGUCUUGCAUGAGCAAAAAUGUAAACAGGAAGAUGCAUAGACAUUGCUCUAAUUGUGUUCCAAGACUCGCUGCAUUGUAUAUCUGUCCCCAGCCAUAGUGCCUUACAUAUUUGAGGUUGUUAAUGUUACUACUUAUAUAUGACUAUAACAUGAAUAUUAAUGUACUGGACUGCAGCACUUGAAAUUCCAAUCACUCAAUGCAUCCUAUGUGUGAGUAUAUAUAUGCACCUGUGUAUAUGUCCAUGCAUAGUUUGCAUGGAUGUGAGGUAUCGCUCAUAGCGAUACUUGAUGUUUGGAGUUGGUGUAUUUUCUUGUGUAGUGAAUUACUUUGUUUCCUCAAGAAGAACAGCAUGAUUUGCUGUUGCAAAUGCUUGCUCCUUCAUUAGAAUUGUUUUAGGAUCCAUCCUGAAUGAACUAGUGUACAAGUGCAAGUACUGAGUAUUGAUUAAUAUUUGAUAAUCACUUUAUAUUUAGUGGAACUCUUAUUACUAACAGUAUUUGUACUGUUUGAUGAAACUGCAAUACAAUCUAAUUUAGUUCAUUUUUUGUCGUCAUAUUUCUGUUCUAAAUGUGUUCACAUUGUUUUUAGGUGUUUAGAAGUGUGGUGGGCAUGGCUUUGAUUAGGUAAGGAAACAUGCAAAUGAAUUCACCGUAUGGAAUCUUCUAAGCCUGAGCAAACCAUGCAGUAUUUCAUAUAGACACAUAUAUGAACAUAUAUUAUAGAGCUAGGCUAUUAAGUACAGAUGCUUGACAAAGUGUGAGUUAAUGGUGUGCAAUUCUCAUUUAUGCAUGUGUGACAAAGGUAACUUUCCCUUUACAUGAUAAUAUCUUUUAAAUGCUUAAAACGUAUUGGUGUCGACGGCUUAUUUUCUACAUUCCGUCAGGGAGGAUAUAUAUACACAUGUAUUUAUGUUGGUUACACCCAUUAUAAAUAUAUGUAUUUGUGCAUUUUCUGUUCAGUUGGCUAGUUUUGUGUGUAAUUGUGUCGUCUUUAUUUUCAAAUGAAGUUGCUUGUGCAGCACCAAAGACUGUAUUUCAUUUCCUAAAGCAAGGUAGCUACUCUGUUUGCAUCGGCCUCAGUUCUACUGUAGUCAUGAAAUGGGGUUAUAUAAAAAACAACAAAAACUUAAUUUAGAAAUUAAGAGGUUUUGUCUAGCUUAUUGGGCAAUUAAUACGUCGUAUCAUUUCUUUCUUGAAUGUAUCAUAGAUAAGCUGCUAUAUGAUAAUUGCCACUUCAAUAGCUGUGAAAUUAGGUGAUUUCUGAGUUUAAACCUGGCGUCGCUAUUUUUGUAUAGGUCCCUAAUUAUUAAGUGAUUGAUUUUUCUGUUUCGUGUUCUUAUUUGGAAUGUCAUUGUAACUACUGUAUUACUGAUGAUGAACUUCUGUUGCGUUUGUUGUUUCUUGGGGUCUGUGUUUUUGCAUCAGUAUUUUAUCCUUAUUAACCUUUUGGGCUCAUCACUGCAUAUCAAAUGUAUUGAUGUAACUUAAUUUUUGUACGUUUUCAUAAUGGGGUUUUGUAGACAUCUAAAGCUAUAGCUUGCAGGAUUGAUUUAACUUUUUUUUCCUUUUUGUUUCAAGUCUGUGCUCUUUUUGUAUAUGGUACCUGAGUGCUGUGACAUGCCAGAAAAUCUCCCUUUGGACAAGGAGAAUUAAUAUUGUUUUCCUCUCACAAACGAUAUACUCAAAGAUUUCAUACAAACAGGCAAGCACCUUGUAUUGCCUAAGAGAUGAAAUGAUUAACCAGUCAUUUAAUACUGAUUUGACCGUUAAAUAGAUUCUUGCAAAUCUUUUUAUCUGUUUAAUGUUAUGCUACUUUUGUUCUCUGUUGUUAAACUGCCUUGUUUUCCUAUUGCUCUCCCCUUUAUGAGUGUUUCAUAUCAAAUGCAAGAAUUGUGGCCACUGUAACAUGCUACGUUCAGAAAUGGACAGUGUGAGCAGCACUGCGUUUGUGCCUUCAGAAUAAGAAAAUGAGAAUUUACAACCAUUACAUAAUUAUGGUCAAAACAGAUUUGCAUUUUACAGCCACAUUAAAGUAGGUGAAAAAUGAUUGAACAUGUAAAGAUGACUCCUGUUACUAGUGUGUCAACACUGAAGUAUUAAUCUAAAAAUAGCUGCCACCGAAACCUCCGAACACAUUUACACUUGAAUGAUAUGGCACUCAAUCUUUGAAAGUCUCUUUGGCUAAACAGAUGCAAUACUUUUGUGCCGUCAUUGCACCACCAAGUGUUCUUAAAGAAUCGAUUAUUUCAUUUAACAUGCUUGCCACGUUUUUUUGUUCCAUUGCAUUUCAACACCCAGCACUGAAAGUAACAGAUUAAAAAUAAAAUUAUAGGAGUUGAUUGAAGUGCAAUAUUUCGCUCAUAUGGAUAUUGUUUUUUAACUGCAUUUGUUAACUGCAUGGAUCUACUGAACAUACUGAAGAAAAAAGUUUAGUCAACGAAUGAAUUGAAUAAGGGUGUGACAUGCUUUCCCAGUGUUUCUCCAGUUAUUCACCAGCAACACAUCUGCAUAACCUCUCCCAAAUAUAUCUGUCCUUCCAACGUCAACCAGGAAAGUUUGAAAACAGCAACAGGUUUCAAAAGGCCCUUUGUUUUCAUCUCUCAUUAAGGGGAAUAAUUGACAAGUGCUGACGAUGUCCUCUUCUUCAAAUAAGAACUGUGCUGAGAUGUUUUGAGACCUUUUGUUGUUUCUCUCCCAGAUGUUUAGCGCAAAGUGGACAGAACCUUUCUUGACUAAUGGACACUUUACAUGACAUAACAUUUAACAGAUAAAACUUUUUUUUUUUCUUUUAUGGACAUUUAUGUUUUGUGUACAAAUGUUAAUUCAGGGCCUGUAUUUGUAAAAUGCUACUGUGUUCAUUUAGUUAAAUUGCGUUAUUUUCUGCUGAUUUGUGUUCAAUUCAGAGUUAACUCAUACUGCAAGUUAUAGAAUCAUUUAAGAUUGCUCUCAAAUAGACUUGAUUAUAAACUCUAAACUGUUACUGUUUAAAUGUAGAUUUUUGUGGCUUUUUGUUUUGUUCCAUUAGCUUUUAUUUUGUGCUACACUAGUUUGCCAUGUAGCAAUUGCACUGUGCAAUAUUUACAGUAUGACGACUGGGAAAACUAACUCAAUGGAUGUGAUGUCUACAGUUUGCAUAGUGUUUCCUCUAGUUCUCAGUGAUUUAGGUGUGACCAAGCCUUCUCUACUUUGUCACAUUAAGCGGGUUUUCCAGGUGACUCUUUUGGUGAGUGUCAAAAUAAGACUUUAUGGUGUAUUAUUGUUAAAAUCCACUUUGAAUUAAAAAAAAAAUCUGUUGAUGCAAACA